AAAGUGCGAAUAGUACCUUGACUUGAAGCAGAUGGCUACAUUUGCGCAAUUUUCCGCAAGCCUGCUGCUUAAGAUGUAGUCGUGGGGUGCGAAAUGGGGACGAAAGCCUACACUGUCAGCACCAGAGCAUCGCCUGCUCGGUGACAAGCCUUGCCUGGCAAAGCGUGUUGAAAUUGUCCUUGGUGGACUAAUCGGUGAUUCGCUGGUCGAAGAACGAGCAGAGACGUUAAACCCGCUAUCACUCCUACCACGGGUAGGCUACCAGUAGGCUACUGGCAGUAGCAUCAAAAGCGACUCCAUCUUUGCUCAAGUUCAAUGAAGAGAGGACCACUGCGAACCUGGUCUGGGCGGUUCAUUUCUUAAUUCGCUUUACCAGACACAACAGCUCUACCAACGACCAUGGGCAUUGCCUCGACCGUCACGCAGGAGCAUGUGGAUAUUGUGAAGAAGUAUGUCGCACUGCGUCUCGAGAAGCGCACCAAGGAGACUCUCCAACUUGUGAGUGACGACAUCCAGUUCUACAGCCAACGAGACGGCAGCUACCAGGGCAAAGAGCAGUUCCAAGAGUACCUGGAGAAGACCAAGAUCGAAGGCAAAUGGGAGCCACCGGCCAUCGAGGACGGCGACGACGAGCACGUGGUUGUGCGCGGGGUGGUCAAGAUCUUCUACAUCCCCAUCUCGGUCAAGUCGACCUUCUCCUUCAACGACGAGGGCCGCAUCUGCAACAUCCACACUGGCAAGGCGUAGUUGACGAACUUGGUUCGUUCAAUGUAGCCAUCUCUGUCCUUCGGGUUUUACCGUAGUUUCUCUCUUUUUUUUUAAUAAGUUUCUUCUUGUUCAAAAAUCGU